CCAGCAGCAAUCAGGACUACCUUAAACCCAGCCCAAUGCCUCUUCCUGCGCCACUCUGCGUGCUGGAUGGAGAUCCACAGUCAAGAGCUGCAGCUCAGUGCUGGAGUACAACAUUUCACAGGGAGCCCUGCAGAAGCAACACCUGUUCCGAGCCAGCCAAGAAAGACACAAGCACUUGUAUGUUGCUGCUUUGCUUGUGGAUCGUCAAUAAUCCUAAACCAGUGGACAUCUGCUGAGCCUCCUGAGAAUUCUGGAUAAUAGAUUUGGACGUCAAAAGUUUUUUUUUUUCUUCUUUUUUCCUUUUUUUUUUUUUUUGGAUUUAUCUCAGCCAACAACGUGAGAUUUCCCCCCUCCCCCUUUGCAGGAUUCAUGCUGAUGUAUGCAGUCUGUUAUAGAGUAAAAACAGCGCAUGCCUUUCUGGAGUCAGAAUCCAUAAAUCCUGACGUAGCCUGUGCAUCUUAAAAAAAAAAAUCCCUAUAACGCCUAGGUAUUUAAGUUGCUAUGGUCAUUCUUAUCUUAAACCAAAUGGAGAAACUACGGAUUUUUUUCUUUAUUACAGUUGGAUGGGCUGAAGACCGUAUUGCUUGCUAAGAGCUGGGGAUAUAUGCAUUUAUAUAGAUAUACACAUCUAUAUGUUUAUAAAUAUGUCAGUGUGUGAGUAUAAAGUGGUGGUUUCUUAGACUAACUGGUUUGACCUUGAACCUGUACCAGUCAAAACAGAAUAUUACUUUUAUUUAUGCAUUUAAUGGAUUGAAGAAAGAACAUUUUUCUGUAACUGCGCUAGGGAGGGGAGAGGAGUGGAAUAUACCUAAUCUUAUAUCUCCUGGGUUUGGCACCAUCAUUAUUGUUUAUUCUUAUUCUCUAAAAGCAGAAUCUUCUGAUGGCUCCCUUAGGUGAAGUUGGGAACUAUUUCGGUGUGCAGGAUGCAGUACCCUUUGGGAAUGUGCCCGUUUUGCCGGUGGAUAGCCCGGUUUUGUUAAGUGACCACCUGGGUCAGUCUGAGGCAGGUGGGCUGCCCAGGGGCCCUGCGGUCACGGACUUGGACCAUUUAAAGGGGAUCCUCAGGCGGAGGCAGCUAUACUGCAGGACUGGAUUUCAUUUAGAAAUUUUCCCCAAUGGUACUAUCCAGGGAACCAGGCAAGACCACAGCAGAUUUGGUAUACUGGAAUUUAUCAGUAUAGCAGUGGGCUUGGUCAGCAUCCGAGGAGUCGACAGUGGACUCUACCUUGGAAUGAAUGAGAAAGGGGAACUGUACGGCUCGGAAAAAUUAACCCAGGAGUGUGUAUUCAGAGAGCAGUUUGAAGAAAAUUGGUAUAACACAUAUUCAUCAAAUCUAUAUAAACACGUGGACACUGGAAGACGAUACUACGUUGCGUUAAAUAAAGAUGGGACUCCAAGAGAAGGGACUAGGACUAAACGGCAUCAAAAAUUUACACAUUUUUUACCUAGACCAGUGGACCCUGAGAAAGUACCGGAACUAUAUAAGGAUAUUUUAAGCCAAAGUUGACAAAGACAAUUCCUUCACUUGAGCCCUUAAAAAGUAACCACUAUAAAGGUUUCAUGCGGUGGGUUCUUAUUGAUUAGCUGUGUCAUCACAUCAGCUCCACUGUUGCCAAACUUUGUCGCAUGCAUAAUGUAUGAUGGAGGCUUGGAUGGAACAUGCUGAUUUUGUUCUGCACUUAAAGGUUUGUCCUCCUGGAGGAGAGCCUAUGCCCACUCGCUUGAUUUAGUACGAGAGGGAGCGCGAGAGAGUGAGUGCGAGAGAGAAAGGGAAAGGAUGAAUGGGAGUGAGAGCGCGAGAGAGAGGAGCCAAGGGGAGGAGGAGGAAGAAGAGGAGGAAGGCCUGAUGCAUGCUGGGGAAUAGACACGCUUUUAAAUUUUUGAUCAGUUGUACUUCGUCAUAUAUCAGCAUAGCUGCCAUACUUUGAUUCAUCAGGAUUUUUGGCUGGUGGCCUGCUCAAGUGUACGCUGCAUUUACAAAGGCAUGGAGGGUGCAGUCUUACUUAAACAAGAGACUUUUCAGUUAAUUGCUCUCUGGGUCUCACCCCACUGAGUUUAAAGCAAAGACGUCUUAGUAAAAAGAUAAAAAUAAAAAGUUAAAUUUAUUUAUAGAAA